CGGUCACUUUAAGCGCUGCGCCGGCCUCCUCCGCGCCUGGUGAUGACGUCGCAGCGGAGUCCCACGGCGGGAUUGGCCGAGGCCGGUCUCCGCGUGACGAGCCGCGGUCUCCCCUCCCCGAGCAAGGCGGAAGUGAGGACGCCGUGGGCGGUGGCGGGAGAGGCGAGGUCGCGAUGAGUGGUCUCGGCCGGCUCUUCGGGAGGGGAAAGAAAGAGAAGGGGCCAACCCCAGAAGAGGCAAUUCAGAAACUGAAGGAGACAGAGGAGAUUCUGAUCAAGAAACAGGAGUUUCUGGAGCAGAAGAUUCAGCAGGAAUUACAGGCAGCCAAGAAGCAUGGGACCAAGAAUAAGAGAGCUGCCCUACAGGCUCUUCGGAGGAAGAAAAGGUUGGAACAGCAGCUGGCACAAACUGAUGGGACAUUAUCUACCCUGGAGUUUCAGCGUGAGGCCAUUGAAAAUGCCACCACCAACACCGAAGUCCUUCGUACCAUGGAACUUGCUGCCAAAGGCAUGAAGAAGGCCUACCAGGACAUGGACAUCGACAAGGUGGAUGAACUGAUGGCUGACAUCACAGAGCAGCAGGAAGUGGCCCAGCAGAUCUCAGAUGCCAUUUCUCGGCCUGUGGGCUUUGGAGAUGAUGUGGAUGAGGACGAGCUGUUGGAGGAGCUAGAAUUGCUGGAGCAGGAAGGAUUGGACCAGGAGUUGUUAAAUGUGGGUGACAAGAAAGAAGAACCAUCAGUCAAGCUACCCGAUGUUCCCUCUCAUGGUCUCCCGGCUGAACCAGCUUCCAAAGCAGAUGAAGAUGAAGAACUAAAGCAGUUGACAGAGUGGGUAUCCUGAUGAAUCUGGGCCCAUCUUUCCUCACGCUGCCUUCAUUGGUCUCUUAUCCUAAAGUGCCAAGUGAACUCAAGGAACUGAGCUAAAGGAAAAUUAGCCUUUCUGGGAGGUGCUGGGGGGGUAGGGUAACUGCCACCCCUACUCCACUUUGGAGGAGUCUGGGCUCCCUACUCUCUGGUAGCUGUUACAGUGCUCUUAUUCCCAAUAAAAAUGGACAAGUAGAA